AGUCGGUGCGAAACCGAUCAAAACCUAUCCACAUACAGCCGGACUUUCUCUCGCCCGUUAACCGGAAUGUCCAGACAGCUGCUACCCAAGGUCAAGGGCAGGGUCAAGGACAAGAAUCUGGGCAAGGAUCGGGCCAAGGAUCGGGAUAAUGAGCUGAAGACCAAGGUCAAGGGCAGCGAUGAGGAGGAUAAUGAAGACGAGGAGUGGAGUGGAAGGAUGAAAAGACAGUCGGCAGGAGACGGGGAUCACUACGAUGCCAGCCAAAAGCGGCUGACUGCCGAUGAUCGCCCGAGUGGCUACUCCAUGGACCGACUUGGUAGCGAUGGCACCGGCUUCACGGAUCGCGCCAGCGAUGCCAACGAUGGCAGCAGCACGGGUGCCCCGGAGGGCAGUGCCAAGAAGACGCCGGCGGGACAUCAUGGCCACCAUGGACACCACAGCGGCGGGCGACACAAGAAGGUAUCCAAAUACCGGCUGAACUUCUCCAUGACCAAGUCGGUCACCUCGGCGGGCGGCGCCAAGUCCCGAACUGCCAGCACCACGAAAAUCACCACUGGGGCCUCGCUCAUUCCCGACCUGAAUCUGAUUAUCAACAGGAUGCGGGCUAUGCCGGACGACUCCUUUGUCUACAUGGACUACAUGCUGCCCCAUGACAGCGAGUACUUCACUCCUUAUAGCCUGCGGCUGGUGGAGUACAAGGACCUGAACACCUACGAACCCUUCUACACCGUCACCCGCCACGGGGUCACCUUCUGGCACUGCUCCGAAAACUUCUUCACGCCCCUCGACCAGUGGCAGCAGGAGUUCGAGCAGUUCCUCAGCAUCAUCCAGAUACGCUCCUUCUCCAUCUUCCGGCUGUGGAAGGGGUUUAAGGUGUGGGAAAAGACGAUCAAGUGGCGAAAGCUGAACGAGGCCCGCGACUAUCUGCAGAACAACCUCUUCAUCGUGAUUCCCCAGCUGGCCAAGGCGAUUCUGCGCAUGCGCAGCGACAUUGUCCAGAUGCAGCGACUGAAUUUUAUCAAUAUCUCCAACAUCGAGAACUGGCAUCCAUUCUACUUCCUGGAAACGCACAUGCGCAUCUACGAACAGCUGCACAAGAUCUUUACCGAUUUUCGCGAGUUUAUUAGCAAGACAAUAUUUCGAGCCUGCACGGAUGCCAUCCAAGCACGUGGUUUCUAUCCCGAUGACGAGGUCAACUACUAUCCGUCGCUGAAGAAAAUGCGAGAGGCGCACAGCUUUAUGGAUCGGGCACGAAAGCGGGCCUUCUGCAAGACUCUGACCAAUUUCCUCACCUACUGCGACAUGAUGGUCUACCAAAUGCUGUACCGCAUCACGAUCAAGAGUUUCGCUGAUCUGGCCAGUGCCUUCGAGCUGCACGACGAAGUGGGUCCCUCGGAGGCGGACAUCAACCGACAUGACCGGGUGGACAAGCGGAUCGAGAAGCAGCGACCGGCGGACAAGCCGCAGAGUCCCUUCUUUCUGGCCAUGCUGCGUCUGCUGCCCGAUCGCAUCGAUGUGGAGCCCUCGGAGGAUGUGAUCAAGAUUAUCUUCCAGCGCAUCACAGGUCUUAUACUGGAGACGGUCCUUGAGAUCCAUCCAUUCACCACAGAUCCCUUCUUCACUCAGUACACCCAGCCCUCGAUUAUGGGACGUCAGGAGGAGGUGCUAUACGAGGGCGCUCCCGACUUGCAUUAUCUAUUGCGCGCUGAUCACAGAUUUCAGUAUAAUCGCAAAAACAUGUUCGUUCUGAUCCGCAAAGCUUAUGAAAGGGCUCGUCUUUAUACGCAGAGGUUCACCAAAAUCCGAGAGAACUUCGAGAUAGACAACAGUACAGAUCCCACGGUUCUUAACACAGAGAGAGAUCUUCAGAUACUUCGAGCAUACUGCGAUAGAUAUUGCAAUAAUGUGAGAGCUUUGGAUGGAAUCUUGGAGUUUGUGUUUCUGGGACUACUGAAGCUCAAUCAGACGAACUUUAAGGAUACGGUGACGCCAGUUUGCUCCCGACUUCAGAAUAUUCUGGCCACAUAUCUGCCCAAGUUGGCGGAGGAGGAGACAACAAGGCUUUACGAAGAGGCCCAGGAUUUCUACGGCAGGAUCUGCUACGAGCCACACGAAACGCUGGAGAUUGUGGCCCACAUCCGAUUCCUGGACAAGUGCUCCUCGGAACUGGACGAGAUAUUCAACGGCAUCGACUAUGUGCACGAUCUCCUGCUGAUUAUCAAGGACUUUGGCAUACCCAUCGAUGACGAAUCCAAGGAGGACUACAUGGACACCGAGGACUAUUUGAAUAGAACGCGGGAGACGCUGGAGGAGAUCAGGGAGAAGCGGCAGGACUUUAUCAAUCGGCUGGAGGACGCCAUGCAGGAUGAUAUAGCGGCGCUCAAGGAGGAGAUUCACGAGGUGGCCAUCGAAGCUAUGCAGCCCUGGCUUCUGGAUGCCAAUUCCAACCGUUUGUCAGUCACUAAUAAACUGGACGCCAUGCUGGAGCACCUGAAUAAAUGCCGCGAGAGAGCCGACGAAUUCCUGGGCUACCAGAAGGAGUUCCAGAUCGACUUGACCAUGUACGAGGAAAUGGCCAGCGGCUUUUAUGACAUACGGAUGCGCCAGAAUCUCUAUCGCACUUGGACCGACUGGGAGGAAUCGCUGGCCGAGUGGAUUGUGGCCGACUUCAACACCCUGGCGGUGGCAGAUUUGGUAGAUCUUAAUGCCAAGACGAUCAAGAACUGCCUGCAGUUCCAGAAGUAUCUCCCAGAGAACAACAUUGUCCCCGUGCUCCAUAAAUCCGCAGAAGCCUUCAAGGAGAAGCUUCCCGUUAUUGGUUACCUGCGUAAUCCCAACUUGCGAGCGCGUCACUGGGCUGAGAUCGAGGAUCUGCUGAAUCGCAAGUUCUUCCAGGAGAAGGACAUCAUCAUCCAAACGUACGAGGAUGUCCAUGCAUUCGAUGAUGUCGCCAUCGGUGAGGCCCUGAUGCAGAUAUCCUCGCAGGCCACCGGCGAGGUGCAGCUGGAGAAUAUGCUGAAGGCCAUCGAGACCACCUGGAAGGAGACGGAGCUGACCAUUGUCCCGCACCACGACGCCAAGGACAUCUUCAUCCUGGCCGGCACCGAGGAGUUGCAAGCCGUCCUGGACGAUUCCAAUGUGAAUAUCAACACCAUAGCCGCCUCCAAGUUUGUGGGACCCAUCAAGGGCAAGGUGGACGAGUGGAUCAAUGCCAUGGAACAGUUUAGCAAGACCUUCGAAAGUUGGAUGGACUGCCAGGGUGCUUGGAUUUACCUGGAGGCCAUCUUCGCCUCGGCGGACAUCCAGCGACAGCUGCCCCAAGAGGCCAAGAUGUUCUUCACGGUGGACAAGAGCUUCAAGGAGACGGUUCGCCAGGCGAAGAAGGUGUCCCUGGCCCUGCCCACCAUGUCCAGUGUGGACGUGUACAAGGUGCUGUUGGAGAACAAUCGGUUGCUGGAUCUCAUAUCGCGCGGAUUGGAGGCCUAUUUGGAGGUGAAGCGGGUGGUGUUCCCCAGGUUCUACUUCCUGUCCAACGACGAGCUGCUGGAGAUCCUGGCGCAAACGCGAAUUCCCCAGGCCGUGCAGCCGCAUCUGCGCAAGUGCUUCGACGCCAUCUACCGCCUGGAGUUCGGAUCCAAGGAGGGCGGCGAUGGCAAGAUGGUGGCCACCAACGACAUCGUGGCCUUCCUGUCGCCCGAGGGGGAGAAACUGCAGUUUGGCAAGGGAUUGAAGGCACGCGGGGCCGUGGAGGAGUGGCUCAGCAAGGUGGAGGAAGCCAUGUUUGUGUCCGGCAAGCGGUACAUGCGAUUCGGGUACCAGUGCUAUCCGGCCAAGGAGCGCGAGGACUGGUUCCAGGACCAUCCCAACCAGGUGGUGCUCACCGUCUCCCAAGUGCAGUGGGCUGCCGACAUUCAUCGCAUCUACGAGGGCAAGGAGCGCAAUCCACUGAAUAUUCUGGAGAAGAUGGCCAAGUUCGAGAUCAAGUGCCUUAAGGAUCUGGGCGCCCUGGCGGCGCUGACUAGGAAAAGCAUAAGCUCACUGCUGCGCAAGAUCCUUUGCGCCCUGAUCACCAUCGAUGUGCAUGCCAAGGAUUCGGUGAGGAUGCUGAUCGAAAAGGAGGUCUGCAAGCCAACCGAUUUCAACUGGCUGAAGAUGCUGCGAUUCUACUGGGCCGACGAGACGGAAACGGUCUACUCCCGCAUGGCAGCCGCGAAUAUUCCCUACUACUACGAGUACCUGGGUGCCGGUGGUGUCCUGGUGCUCACUCCUCUCACAGAUCGCUGCUAUCUCUGCCUGAUGGGUGCCUUCCAGAUGGACCUGGGCGGAGCACCAGCGGGACCAGCCGGAACGGGCAAAACCGAGACCACCAAGGAUCUGGCCAAGGCUUUGGCCAAACAGUGUGUCGUCUUCAAUUGCUCGGAUGGUCUCGAUUACAAGAUGAUGGGGCGCUUCUUUUCGGGAUUGGCCCAGUGCGGUGCCUGGUGCUGCUUCGACGAGUUCAACCGAAUUGACAUCGAGGUGCUGUCCGUGAUUGCCCAGCAGCUGAUCACCAUUCGAACGGCCAAGGCCAUGAGGGUCAAGCGCUUCAUCUUCGAGGGUCGGGAGAUCAAGAUCAAUCGCUCCUGCUGCGUGUUUAUCACCAUGAAUCCCGGCUACGCGGGUCGUACCGAGCUGCCCGACAAUUUGAAGGCCCUGUUCCGACCCAUCUCCAUGAUGGUGCCCGACUACGCCCUCAUCUCGGAGGUCAUCCUGUACUCGGAGGGCUUUGAGGAUCCCAAGAUCCUGGCCCGCAAGAUGGUGCAGAUGUACCAGCUGUGCAGCCAGCAACUUAGCCAACAGAAUCACUACGAUUUCGGCAUGAGGGCAGUGAAAUCUGUCCUGGUGAUGGCAGGAGCUCUGAAGAGAGCCUCACCCAAUCAGCGAGAGGAUAUCACUUUGAUUGCCGCCCUGAGGGACUCAAAUAUACCCAAGUUCUUGGCGGAUGAUGCGGUCCUGUUUCGCGGCAUCCUUAGCGAUCUGUUUCCCGGCGUGGAGCUGCCGGACUCACAGCAUCCGCAUCUGGAGGCCAGCUUGCGGCUGGGAUUGCGGCAAAAGAAUCUCCAGGCGGUGCCGACAACCAUCCGUAAGUGCCUGCAGCUCUACGAGACCAUGUGCGUCCGCUGGGGCGUAAUGCUGGUGGGUCCAACUGGAGGCGGUAAGUCCAUAGUGCUGCACGCUCUGGAGUUUGCCCUCUCGCAUCUCUUCGAGAACGAGGUGCAGGACCCAAACUUCCGGCCCGUGGUGAUCCAGACAAUGAAUCCCAAGGCGGUGACCAUGAACGAGCUGUACGGCUAUGUGGAUCUCAAGACGCUGGAGUGGCAGGAUGGUCUACUGGGAUUGGCGGUGCGAACAGCCACCACCAUAGAAGAUGAAAUCCAUCAGUGGAUCAUGUGCGAUGGACCCGUGGAUGCGGUGUGGAUUGAGAACUUGAACACGGUGCUGGACGACAAUAAGAUGCUGUGCCUGGCCAACUCGGAGCGCAUCAAGCUGACCGCCUGGAUUCACAUGCUCUUCGAGGUGCAGGACCUGUUGCAGGCCUCGCCGGCCACCGUUUCCCGUUGCGGCAUGGUCUAUGUGGAUCCCGGCGAUCUUGGCUGGAUACCACUGGUCGACACCUGGCGGGAGGUGGACAUGAGCCACAAACUGCCCGCUCCGCUGGCCGAGUUCUUUUACCAGCUCUUCGUGGGCUACUUCGACAAGGCGCUGAAGAUCGAACGGAAGCGAGCGGUGUACACCAUCCACCAGGUGCUCGGCUCCAAGGUGCGACUGUGCUGUGAGCUGAUCUCCUCGCAGCUGGAGGCGGUCAAGUGGUCGGCCCUGAAUGAGGAGAAGGCCAAGGAGCUGCUCACGAAGAUCUUUGCCUGGGCGGUGCUCUGGGCCAUUGCCUCGAACCUCAAGGAUGCGGAGAAGGUGUCCUUCGAGGAGCAGUGGAGCAGGGCCAUUGCACAGCAUCCGAAUAUGAGCCUACCCAACUACCCCAUGUGGAACUAUCGCAUCGACCUGGAGAAAAUGGACUGGGGCAGCUGGCUGGACAUCAUGUCCAAGUUUUCCUUCGACCCGGAAACCUCGUACUACGACAUGCAGGUGCCCACUGUGGACACCACCAAAUAUGGCUAUGUCUCUGAUCUUCUGUUUAAACGGGGCAUGCCCGUCAUGGUAACUGGAGACACGGGAGUGGGCAAAACGGUUUUGGCCAUCAGUUGCAUGAAACGCCUGUCCGAGGGCCGUGUCAUCCCGGUGAUCCUCAACUUCUCCGCCCAGACGAGCAGCAGCCGCACCCAGGAGAUGAUCGAGGGGCCGCUGGAGAAGCGCAAGAAGACCCAGCUGGGUGCUCCGGUGGGCAAGACGGUGAUCGUGUUUAUUGACGACGUGAAUAUGCCCAAGCUGGACACCUACGGAGCUUCGCCGGCCAUUGAGUUGUUGCGCCAGUUCCUGGACUUCAAGGGCUUCUACGACCGGGAAAAGCUCUAUUGGAAGGAGAUCCUGGACGUGGUUCUGGGCUGUGCCUGUGCUCCGCCAGGUGGAGGCCGCAAUCCUCUGACUCCGCGCUUCGUUCGUCACUUUGCCCUGUUCUCGCUGCCAAAGCCGAAUGAGGAGACCCUCACCCAGAUCUUCAAUGGCAUCCUUCGUGGAUUCCUACAGACCUUCUCCUCGGCCGUUAGGGUUCUCUCGGAGCCCAUGGUGAAUGCCUGCGUGGACGUCUAUAUGCGUGUGGCCAACGUCAUGCUGCCCACACCGGAUCGAUCGCACUAUAUCUUCAAUCUGCGCGAUCUGUCCAAGUGCAUCCAGGGUAUCCUGCAGGCGAGCAAUCUGCACUAUAACCAGGAGAACCAGAUCCUACGGCUGUUCUACCACGAGACCACUCGCGUCUUCCACGAUCGGCUGAUCAACCAGGACGACAAGAACCUGUUCAAGUCGCUGAUGAAGGACGUGUGCAUGGACCACUUCAAUCGACCGGUGAUCAAUGAUGACGAGCCGCCGAUACUCUUUGGUGACUUCAUGGUCUUUGGCAAGCCGAAGAACGAGCGGAUCUACGAUGAGAUCAAGGAUCAUGGGAAACUGGAGAGCGUACUCAACGAUUAUAUAUCGGACUACAACUCGGUGGCGGUGGGUAAGCAGAUGAAGUUGAUCCUCUUCCAGGACGCCAUGGAGCAUACGGUUCGAUUGGCGCGACUUCUGCGGAGCGAUCGUGGUAAUGGGUUACUGGUGGGCGUGGCCGGAAUGGGAAAGCAAUCCCUCACCCGGCUGGCAUCCCACGUCAACGAGUACAACUGCUGGCAGAUCGAGAUGCGACGGAACUACGACCUCAACGCCUUUCACGAGGAUCUCAGGGUCCUCUACCGCAUCGCAGGUACCGAAAAUCAACCGGUGACCUUCCUAUUGAUCGACAGCCAGAUUGUGGAGGAGGAGUUCCUCGAGGAUAUCAACAACAUUCUCAAUUCCGGCGAAGUGCCCAAUCUAUUCGAGGGUGAUGAGUUCGAGAAGGUCAUCUUGGAGGCCCGCGAUGCAUGUAAUGAGAACAGAAAAGAUGAUCCCUGCACUCGCGAUGCCAUCUACAAGUUCUUCAUCAACCGGGUGCGCAAUAAUCUCCAUGUGGUGAUGUCCAUGAGUCCAGUGGGCGAUGCCUUCCGUCGCAGAUGCCGCAUGUUCCCCUCGCUGGUCAACUGCACCACAAUAGAUUGGUUCACCAGCUGGCCAACGGAGGCCCUCUAUUCGGUGGCCCUGGGAUUGCUCACGAAGAUCGCUCCCAAAAUGGAGGAUCGCAUCUCACUGGCCAGCACUACGGUCUUUAUGCACAAGACCGUUGAGGAUGCCUCCAUCAAGUUCUACAAGGAGAUGAAGAGGCAUUACUACACCACACCCAGUAGCUAUCUGGAGUUGCUGAAGCUCUACCAGAAUCUGUUGAAGAUCAAGAACAUGGAGAUCAUAGCCAAACGAAAGCGAAUUGCCAAUGGUCUGAACAAGCUGCUGGAGACCAAUGAAGUGAUUGCUGUCAUGGGUAAAGAGCUGGAGGUGAUGGUGCCCCAGUUGGAUGAGAAGUCCGCCAUGAUGAAGUCCCUGGUGGACAAUCUGACCAAGGAGACCAAGCAGGCGGAUGCCGUGAAGCAGAGUGUGCUGGAGGACGAGAUGAAUGCCAAGGAGAAGGCGGCAGUGGCCCAGGCCAUAUCCGAAGAUGCUGGCAAGGAUCUGGAGAUAGCCAUGCCCGCCCUGCGCGAGGCAGAGGAGGCGCUCAAGGGUCUGACCAAGGCGGACAUCAAUGAACUGAAGUCCUUUACGACGCCACCGGCUCUGGUGCAGUUCUGCAUGGAGGCCGUUUGCAUCCUGCUGGGGGUCAAACCCACUUGGGCAUCUGCCAAGGCAAUUAUGGCCGACAUUAACUUCAUCAAGCGGCUGUUCGAGUACGACAAGGAGCACAUGAAGGAGGAUACCCUGAAAAAGGUCAAGAAAUAUAUUGAUCAUAAGGAUUUCGUGCCGGCUAAAUUCGAGAAGGUCUCCAAGGUGGCCAAGUCGAUGAGCAUGUGGGUGAUAUCCAUGGACAAGUUCUCCAAGGUGUACAAGGUGGUGGAGCCGAAGAUCAAGCGAAAGGAGGCCGCCGAGGCGGAGCUCAAGGAGGUGAUGACGGUGCUGCGGCAGAAGCAGAAGGAGCUGGCUGCCGUGGAGGCCAAGAUCCAGGGACUGCGGGACAGCCUGGAGGAGAAGCAGCGCGAGUUCCAAGUGAUCCAGGACAAUGUGGAUUUGACCUAUGGGCGGAUCAAUCGAGCGGGUCGCUUGACCUCUGCCCUUUCCGAUGAACAGGUGCGCUGGCGGGAAACGGUGAAAUCUUUGACGGGUGACCUAGCCUGUGUGCCCGGCGAUGUCCUGGUGGCCGCCGCCUGUGUCGCCUAUUUGGGAGCCUUCUCUCACGAAUAUCGACGCGACAUGAGCGCCCUGUGGGUGACCAAGUGCCGGGAGCACAAGAUUCCCUCCAGUCCCGAGUUCAAUCUGCUCAAAGUCCUCGGCGAUCCGUAUGAAAUGCGCCAGUGGAACGUGGACGGCCUGCCCAAGGACAACAUAUCCAUAGAGAAUGGCAUCUAUGCCACCAGAGCUCUGCGCUGGGCCCUCAUGAUCGAUCCUCAGGAGCAGGCCAAUCGCUGGAUUCGCAAUAUGGAGCGGGCCAACAAUCUGCAGGUGAUCAAGAUGACCGACGCCUCCAUGAUGCGGGUGCUGGAGAACAGUGUGCGACAGGGAUAUCCGGUGCUUCUGGAGGAGAUCAACGAGACCAUCGAUCCCAGUUUGAGGCCCAUCCUUCAGCGGGAAACGUACCGCUUCGAGGGUCGCAUCUACUUGAAGCUGGGCGACAUGGUGAUCGACUACGACGACAACUUUAAGCUGUACAUGACCACCAAGCUGCCCAAUCCUCAUUAUUUGCCCGAGGUGUGCAUCAAUGUGACCCUGGUCAACUUCCUGGUCACCGAGAGCGGUCUGGAGGAUCAGCUACUGGCAGACAUUGUGGCCAUCGAGCUGCCUGCCAUGGAGAUCCAGCGCAACGAUUUGGUGGUCAAGAUCAAUUCGGACAAACAGCAAUUGCUGGCCCUGGAGGAUAAGGUGCUGAAGUUGCUCUUCAACUCCGAGGGCAACAUCCUGGACGACGAAGAGCUGGUGGAGACGCUCAAUGAUGCCAAGGAAACAUCGCUAAUCAUUGCCGCCCGACUGAUUGAUACCGAGGAGACGGAAAAGGUCAUAACCGCCUCCCGAGAACGCUAUCGCAUCCUGGCCUCCCGCGGAGCCAUCCUCUAUUUUGUGGUGGCAGGUCUGGCCGAGAUCGAUCCCAUGUACCAGUACAGCCUGAAGUACUUCACCCAGGUCUUCUGCAAUGUCCUGCGAUUGGAGCAUCCUACGCAGACCGUGGAGGUGCGCAUUUCCACCCUGAUGACGGACGAACUGAAGGCCAUUUUCGACAAUAUAUCGAGGGGUCUGUUUGAAAACCACAAGAUCAUCUUUAGCUUCCUGCUGGCCCUGUCGGUGGAACGGCAGGAGGGACGCGUCACCGAGGAGGAGUUCCUCUUCCUCACCCGCGGACCGGUGGGCAACAUUCGGCCAAAGAAACAGCCGGCCAACAUCAAGAUGAGCCAGAUCGAAUGGGACUCGUGCCUCUUUCUGGAGGAUAACUUCAAGAGCUUCUUUGGCGGUUUCACCGACGAACUGGACAAGCCAUUCUUCAUUCAGAUGCAGGAGAACAAGGAGGUCUUCGACUUUGCCCAGAACAAUCAGCCGCCCACGGACAAGUGGAACAAUCGCCUAAGGGUCUUCCACAAGCUGAUGUUUAUCGCCGCCUUCCGGAAGCCCCGAUUCCUGCUCAACGUGGUCUGCUACCUCCAGUCCACCGUGGGCAAGUACUUCACCGAGGCCUCCGGCGGCACCCAAUUGAGCUCUGUCUAUUUGGACACUUCUGCGGUGACGCCGUUGAUCUUUGUGCUGUCCACCGGCUCGGAUCCGAUGUCAGGCUUCCUGAAGUUCACCACCCAGAUGCAGUUCACCGACAAGUACUACUCCAUUUCGCUGGGCCAGGGCCAGGGACCGCUGGCAGAGAACCUGAUCGACAAGAGCCUGCGUCUGGGCCACUGGGUGUUCCUGCAGAACUGCCACUUGGCCACCUCGUUUAUGCAGACGCUGGAGACGAUCGUGCGCAAUCUGACGCUGGGCAUCACCAAGGCGCAUCCCGACUUCCGGCUGUAUCUCUCCUCGAUGCCCAUCCAGACGUUCCCGAUCAGUGUGCUCCAGAACUCGGUGAAGAUCACCAACGAACCGCCCAAGGGCAUCAAGGCGAAUGUGUUCGGGGCUAUGACGGAUCUGAAGCAGGACUUCUUCGAGCAGCACAUCCAGAAUGGCAACUGGCGGGCCAUUGUCUUUGGCCUGUGCAUGUUCCAUGCCGUUUUGCUGGAGCGGAGGAAGUUCGGACCCCUGGGCUGGAACAUUACGUACGAGUUCAGCGAGAGCGAUCGUGAGUGCGGCCUUAAGACCCUCGACUUCUUUAUCGAUCGCGAAGUGCUCGACGAUAUACCCUGGGAGGCCAUACUCUAUAUCAACGGCGACAUCACCUGGGGCGGCCGGGUUACGGACUACUGGGAUCUGCGCUGUCUGCGAACCAUCCUGACAAUCUUCUCCUCGAAAAGGAUCAUCCAGCCGGAUUACAAGUACUGUCGUGGGGAUAGCUACUAUCGGGAUCCGCGCAAGAAGACGCUGGCUGAGUACUCGGCCUAUGUGCAAGGUUUUCCGGUCCUGGAGGAUCCGGAGAUUUUCGGCAUGAACCAGAACGCCAACAUUGUGUUCCAGACCAAGGAGACGGCCUUCUUUAUCAGCACCCUGCUGUUGGGCCAGCCGAGAUCCGCCGCCGACGAGGGACAGGCCAUGGAGAACGAGAUCUGCCAGCAGACUAUCCAACGCAUCCAGAAGGCCCUGGCCACCAAGAUCAAGCGGGAGCCCAUCCACGACACGCUAUCGGUGCUGGACUCCAAGGGUCAGGUGCCAUCGCUGACCAUUGUGCUGGUGCAGGAGAUCGAUCGCUUUAACAUUGCACUGGGCAUCAUCCACGACAGCAUGAUCAACUUGGCCAAGGCCAUCAAGGGCCUGGUGGUGAUGUCCGAGGAGCUGGAGAACGUGUUCAAGGCGCUGCUGUCCAACCUGGUGCCCGCAUCCUGGGCCAAGCGGAGUUUCCUCUCGAUCAAGCCGCUGCCCAGCUAUAUAGCCGAUUUCCAGCGACGCAUCGACUUCAUCCAGCAGUGGGCGGAGAAUGGAGCACCGCGCUCCUAUUGGAUCAGUGGAUUCUUCUUCCCCCAAUCCUUUCUCACCGGCGUCCUGCAGACAUACGCCCGACGACGAAUCCUGCCCAUCGAUUCACUGAAGAUUGACUUCGAUGUGUUUGAAAAGGAGCUGGUGCAGCAGGACUUCUUUGAGAUGCACAUGAACAAUAUGAAUGACCAAAAGCUGUAUGGCAACCUGCCGGAGUGCACCGAUGCCAUCAUCAAUGUGCACGGGAUCUUCAUCGAGGCGGCUCGCUGGGACCUUAGCAAGGGUGGACUGUGCGAUGCCAACUUCGGGGAGCUCUUCAGCCGGAUGCCGGUGGUGCGGUUCAAGCCCUGCCUGGAGGUUUCGACGAUGGUGCGCUACGAGGCGCCGCUCUACAAGACCCAGCAGCGAUCCGGCGUCCUUUCCACCACGGGCCAUUCGACCAACUUCAUCUUGGCCGUCCUCCUGCGCAGCAACAACGAUCCCGAGUUUUGGAUCAUGCGGGGUACGGCUCUGGUAUCUGCGGUUCUGGAGAACAUUUGCUAGGCUCUAGAGGGUUCUAGGGACUAUGUCGAG